AUGACUGUGAAUGAUGGGUACUUUGACUUUUUUCAAAACUGGAUUCAUUUCUACAAUAAACUUCAAUUAAACUUCCCCCUGAUAGUAAUUGCCGAGGACGAUGAUGUGUUUUUGAAGCUGCACCAAUUAAAUACACAGUCGGUGUUCACUCUAGUCAGGAGUUGGAGAAAUACUCUAAGGUCGGCUGUUGUAUACGGAUCUAAAGAAUUUAACGAACUUGCAUCGGGGAGACCAACGUAUAUUCUAACGUAUUUAGAGACAGGAACAAAUAUUCUUUACGCAGAUACAGAUUCCGUUUGGUUACACGAUCCUUUUCCAUAUUUCCAAGGGACAUUUGAUAUGUGGAUGCAAGUAGACGGUCCUGGAAAUUUAUGCACCGGGCUGAUUGCUAUUAAAAGCAAUAAUGAGUCUAUAAAACUAAUGAGGCUAUGGGAAGCUGCCUUGAAAAAACGCUUAGAUAUUGGCCAGACCGUGUUUAAUCAAGUUUUCACAAACUCGACAAUACACUUAAAGCCACUGGACAGGAACUUGUUUCCAUCAGGGAAUAUAGAAAAGGUGCGAUUGGACGCUAGAAAAUUAAGUAGGCCUUUUGGCAUCAGUCAGCAAUUUCCGGUAGAAGUCAUGGAACGCCGACGAAAACUAGUUCCGGUCAUGCUCGACCGGAAGGACGGGAAGGAAGCGUAUCUCGCAGCAGACAAGCUGUACAUUGACGAACAUUUGUACAGGGAUGGGGCGACUUCCGGUUCCGGCUAG